GUGCCGCGAUUUGUGUAAACUUUAAAUUCUUCAAAAAUUUUAGUUUUAUUAUUUAAUAAAUAUGGGUACAAUAACGCGUUGGUUAGAUGUGGAAGUAGGCACAGAUGAGAUAGACUUAAAUACUUUGCCGUUAGACGUGGCUCUGGUGGAUUUACACAAUGAUAAUGAGAUCAAACUACUAAUUGGCGAUUUGGGUCGUGGAGAUGAUAGUCCGAAAUUGAAGAUUUUCAAAGGAGCCAUGCAGAUAUCCGACAUGGUGUUGCCAGACUUACCACUUGGUGUUGUGGGGUUGUACUCGAGCGAGACGUCUCCUCAAAGUCUGCCUCUGAUAGCUAUAGCAUUUGGUUCUUGUGUCUAUAUCUAUAGGAAUAUGAAGCUGUUCUAUAAAUACUUUCUGCCUGCCUUCGAGCUAAACUCCAGUGAGUUGGAUGUUUGGAAACAGCUAACAGACCCAUUAAACCAUACAGCUGAAGCAGUACACCCGCUAACAGAGAGUUUGAAAGCAAUUCCUCAGAAGGCCCUCAGUCUUCAGUCUCGGGGCUUCAUUUCCAUGUCUCCUGAUCAGAAGUUGGAGUAUCUCGAACAGAAUCCGACACUGCCAGAGAAGAGAGUGCCUGAGAUAGCCUGCAUAGCAACUAUGAAGAUGAACUCAGUGGACAGAUAUGGCGUGAGUUGUCUCGUUGUGGGCUCGGAAGAUGGUGAAGUCUUCAUCUUAGACCCGCAGACAUUUACUCAAAUGUCACAGGCUAAAAUCUGUGCUGCAAAGAAAACGCCGCAUCAAAUGGUGACAACUGGCCUCUAUAAUGUUGACUACAGAAUCACAAUAGCUACAAGAGAGAAAUGCGUGUGCCUUCUGAAACGCGACUGGCCGGAAGGUCGGAUCCUGUUCACAGCAGAUGACCACAUCAUAGCUAUAGAGGUGAUGCCCACUGACUACAGUGUCAUGGUCAUAUGUGCUGACCAUACCUUGGCCUGUUAUGGCAAAAAGGGCAAGAAGCAAUGGUCACUAAGUCUGGAACACAGGCCGAUCUCGAUAACACUGCUGCCCAUCAUGCAUCUUGGAGUAACUCUAAUUGGAGUAGCGUUGGCGUCAGGGCAUGUACACUUGUAUGACGGCAAGGCUAAAAGGGAUUCGCUGUUUAUAAGAGACGUGGCAUCUGUUAUGAAAUUCGGUCAACUUGGCCAGGAAGAGCAUGUGUUUAUUAUUAUUACUGCCAGUGGCAACCUAAUGCUGAAGAUAUUGAAAAGGACGGCGGAUUUUAACGCUCACACAGCAGGCGUGGACUCCUCCAAUACUGGAGUCACGCAGAAGCCCUGGCUCAUACCGAAAAAGUCCAAGUUGUUUCUAGAACAGUCUGUCAGGGAACGGGAAAAUGCUGUUGGGAUGCACGAGGUGUUCCAGCAUGAGCUGAGUCGACUCCGGCUGGUGGCUGCGAAGACUCUGCUAGACGCCCACGUCAAGUCUGACAACUCUAUCGGAGUGGGUGCUCUUGAACCUGUCAGGUUGUCCGCUGAGGUUGAAGGCCUGGGGCCAGUGUUCAGAGUGACGCUGAUAAUAGAGAACACAUCAACUGAGAAGGCGGUGAUGGGCUUGUCCAUACUGUUCCACGUCCAGCCAACAGACUAUAAGGUCUCCAACCCUUAUAUCAAGGUACCCCUCUUAUCUCCUGGUGCAAAACUUCAAUUCCCUACAAAAAUCGAGGAGGUAUUCUCUGAGAGUGUAAACCCUGAGGUUUUCUUCCGCUCAGUGAGUGGGCAGGCCGGUGAGAGGUCGCUGGUAAAGGUGUUACUGCUGAAGGAAGGUCAAACACGGCCGGUGCUCGCGGCCACAGUCCAGAUGCCACCCACUGAUCCUAUGAUGCUGCCCUUCGACAAACUGCAAGCUACGGCAUUAGGCGGGGAACAGUUCGAGCAAUAAAUAACACAUCAGGGUCGUUACAUGAGCCGUGUCAGGGGCCUUUGACGGCUCAGUAAUAACCCU